AUGAAUAUUAGAAUUAAGUACGAGUCAUGCUCAUAUCUUGCUUUGUUUCAUACAGAAAAAGUUCCAGAUAACAGUUCAGGAGACCUUGCUUGUGAUUCGUAUAAUCUUUAUAAGGAGGACGUCGCGCUACUAAAAAGAAUGAAGGUUCAAGCAUACCGAUUCUCAAUAGCAUGGUCAAGGGUCUUACCAAAGGGAACUGGAAAAGUGGACGAGAAUGGUAUAGCAUACUACAACAAUCUCAUCAACGAGUUAAAAGCAAAUGGCAUAGAACCAUAUGUGACUAUAUUUCAUUGGGAUGUUCCCCAAACUUUGGAAGACGAAUACAAAGGGUUCUUAAGCCCACGUAUAGUGGACGAUUUCAGAAACUACGCGGAGCUUCUAUUCCAAAGAUUCGGUGACAGAGUCAAAUUUUGGAUCACUUUGAACCAACCUUUCUCUCUUUCAACCAAAGGUUAUGGGGAUGGAUCGUAUCCACCGGGACGGUGCACCGGCUGUGAAUUUGGAGGAAAUUCCGGAACCGAACCUUAUAAAGUUGCACAUCAUCAACUUCUAGCUCAUGCAGAAACUGUAGCUUUAUACCGAGCAAAAUAUCAGAAAUUUCAAGGUGGUAAAAUAGGAACGACUUUGAUCGGAAGAUGGUUCACCCCACUAAACGCAACUAGCGAUCUUGACAAGGCUGCUUCGAGACGGGCAUUCGCUUUCAUCGUCGGAUGGUUCUUGGAUCCGUUGGUGUACGGAGACUAUCCAGAGAUAAUGAAAGAGAUGGUUGGAGAUAGACUGCCAAGAUUCACACCUGCACAAUCGGAUUUAGUUAGAGGAUCACUUGAUUUCCUAGGGUUGAACUAUUACGUUACACAAUAUGCGACCGACGCACCUCUUCCGAAACUGCCUAGUGCCAUAACCGAUCCAGGAGUUACUCUUGGAUAUUAUCGCAAUGGAAUUCCUAUUGGCGUUCAAGCUCCUAGCUUCGUGUACUAUCCUCCAGGAUUCCGUAUGAUUCUAAAUCACAUCAGAAAAAACUACGGAAACCCACUUAUUUACAUCACCGAAAAUGGAGUUGCUGAUUUUGGAAACUUAACGCUUCCGGAUGCUCUUGCCGACAACGGACGAAUUCAAAAUCAUUGCAGCCAUCUUUCGUGUCUCAAAUGCGCAAUCGAGUGA